UGAAAAACCGGUCAUAAUAUCCAUAUGGCAUGGAGCGUGAGAGAGCGUGUAGCAUGUGAAAGUGAGAAUAAGACGUUGAAGUCAACCGUUGUCCGUUGCAUCCUUGUAUCUCCACCUCUGAUGAAGCAAUGCAACCCACUUCCUCAUUCUCUUUUUCUUCCCUCUUUGAUCUCUGUAAAGCCAGAGACACAGGAAACAUCAAAAUUCUCUUUCAUCUUUGUUUCCACUCCCACAAACACACUCCCUGCUGUCCCUUUUUCUGCAAUGGCCGUCGCAACCUUCUCCAACCUCUCCACGCGCUCCUUCUUUCUCCAAUCGCCUUCCCACCACCACCACCACCAUCAACAUAGAGAGCAGAGCUUCGCCGUCACCACCUGCCAUGUCGGUACCACCAGCAGUUUCAGCCGCUGCACUCCCUUUCUUUCCUUGACUGUCUCGACCAGUAACCGCAAUAAGUACCACCCCGCCAUCGCUUUCUCCUCAGGAGAUGGCGGUAAUUUUUCUGGAGGAACUGGCGGCAGUGGUAAUGGAGGUGGCGGAGGAGGACAUGACGAUCGUGACGACAAGGACAGGUCACGCAAUCGAUCUGAAGCAAUCCUGGCUCUCGCAGAGGCAGGGAGGACGUUUGAGAGUUUGCCCAAAGACUUAGCAGCGGCAAUCAAGGCGGGGAGGGUACCGGGUUCGAUUGUUUAUAGGUUCUUUGAGUUGGAGAAGUCGCCUAUAUUGCGGUGGUUGCUUAAUUUUGGAGGGUUUAAGGAGCGGUUGCUUGCUGAUGAUUUGUUCUUGACUAAGGUUGGCAUUGAGUGUGGCGUUGGGAUUUUCACCAAGACAGCUGCAGAGUUGGAAAAGCGCAGAGAAAGAUUUAUGAAAGAGCUUGAUUUUGUUUUUGCUGAUGUGGUAAUGGCCCUAAUUGCAGAUUUUAUGCUUGUGUGGCUUCCUGCUCCAACUGUUUCUCUCCGACCACCUAUAGCAGUCAGUGCUGGAACUAUUUCUAAGUUCUUCUACAAUUGUCCUGAUAAUGCCUUCCAGGUGGCUUUGGCAGGAACAUCUUAUUCAUUUUUACAGAGAAUAGGUGCAAUAGUGCGUAACGGGGCCAAACUCUUCGCUGUUGGAACCGGUGCAUCUCUGGUUGGUGUGGGUGUCACAAAUCUGUUGAUUAAUGCACGAAAGGUUUUUGAUAAAACUUUUGCUGCUGAAGCUGAGGAUGUGCCUAUAUUAUCAACGAGUGUUGCAUAUGGUGUAUACAUGGCUGUUUCUAGCAACCUAAGGUACCAAGUACUUGCUGGAGUUAUUGAACAACGAUUACUGGAGCCCUUACUACACCAACACAAGAUUAUGUUGAGUGCAAUCUGCUUUGCUGUUCGAACAGGAAACACAUUCUUGGGAUCUCUGAUGUGGGUAGAUUAUGCACGUUGGGUUGGAGUUCAGAGAAGCAGGGAUUGAAGUAUGUAGAGGUGCUAUUUUGCUGUCAAUUUAAUUUUAUAUCUGAGUAGGUUGAAUUUUUUACUUGGAUUUACAGAGAACAAGAGUUUGUCAUUGGAGUGUUUCCAAUUUUUAUUUCCAAUGGUCGAUUCAUCGCAGAAUUACAACUUCAUGUAAUAACCAUUUGCCAUACCACUUGUUUAAUAUUUUUCUUAAUUUUUUCUUUCAAAAGCAAUUAUCAGACUUUGAUUGGUUCUUGGGAAUGGAACUUGUGAGACCGUGAAGGAAAUGCUCUAUUUCAUUUUCAACCAAAGACAACAUUACAUGUAAAAGAGAACAUAAGUUUAGAAGUUAAGACAUGGAAAAUAAUCCAGUGCUAAGUUAGAAGAAGAAUCAAUCACAAAAAUUGAAACAGCACUGGAGCAAAUUGGAUCUGUUUGAAUGUGAUGCCAAGGGUGCGCUAUUUAUCUAAAUAAUAAUUUACAAUGCAUAACCUGAACAUCAGCCAAAGAUAUCUCCUGCUGCACUGCAGGUAAGCUCUGCUAUCAGCCAAAUUCUUGUUAAUUUUCAUGGUUGAACAAGUUAGUGAAUCUUUGUGAUUGGGUUGUCACGCUCUUGGCAAGAUUCUGAGUUUGGUCAACAUUGUAACCACGCAGAAGAGUCAGAUGAUAUGCCAACAACUGCAGGCAAAAGGAUAACAAAACGUGUAACU